AUGAUCACGCUGCCUUCUGAUUUUCAGGUCGCCAACUCGGAUACGCCAAGGCUACCAACCUUAAAGGAACUCAUUGGUUAUCAGACAUACGAUUAUACAACACCAUCUUCGGUAUUCUUACAUUUACUUCCUACUAUCGAUAGGAACGAAGUACAUGAUCUACAGAGCAUCGAAAAUGAUCAAAUUAAACCCAAUGUGGAAACGAUCAAAACGAAAUAUCUAAAGAAAGAUAUUAACGAAGCUAUUGAUAAAACUAAUGAGAGUUACCUUAAUCACGAACUUGCUAAAAUUUUUGAGGAACACGAUACGGAGAACAAUGAUAUAGAUAAUAAAUCUUUGAUAGGUAAAAAAAGAAAAACUAGAAUCGAUCAUGCUGGUUCCUCGACGACUACUGUAAAACCUACAACAAUGCGUGGUGCUCCUAUUAUAAGUUCAACUUCGAAAACGAUAACUCGAGGAUUUUAUGUGACUAAAGGUGAUAUCGAAACGACUACGAUAAUGCAUCCAAUGACGGAAAUUUCAAUGGAUAACAUUGAUUCAAAUAUAAUCAAUAACGAGACAAUUGUAUCGACUAAGGUAAUUGACGUAGAAAAUAUCUCUAUGAUUGAUUUAUCUAAAGAUAACGAGACUACAGGUAUGACAACAUUUGCUGAUACGGAUAAAGAAUAUUCAGAGCAUUCGAAUAUUAUUAGAAAGUUCGAACAAACAACACCGUUAAUAGUGACAGAAAAUAUCAUUCAGAAAGUAAGACUAAACGAUCAGACUUUGUUCGUUGUUAAUAAUAUUUCAUCCGUUAGUACAUCAUUAUAUAGACCUCAGGCGAGUUUGAUAACAGAUACAACAGUUUCAAAUAUUCUGAGAACAACUGAAAUUAAUAAAAAUUUCGAGACAAAGACAACACCAAUUGAUUACACUUUACCAAUCGAAUCUGUUGAUACUGAAUCUGAUAUUACGAUGCUAGGGACGAUUACAUCAACGAUAAGCACUUUAAAUACAUCUAAAUUUGCUAAUGAGGACAGUACAAAGGAAAAUAUAAUUCAACUUGAAAAUUUCUUAACGACUACAUCGAAUACACCAUCGGCGAAAAUAACAAACGAUCAAAGUUAUAUCGACGAAUUCGUUUCCGGUAAGACUGAGAAGUUUGAAAGCACUAUGAUAACUGAUCAUACUUUAGACCAUGAAACGACGACUAUGAAAUCUAUUUUAACAACACCGAACUUCGAAAGAACUUUAGAAGAAAUCACAACAGACAGGGAAACGGAUAAAAUAAAAUCGACUAACGUGGAAACAACCACGAUCAUUGCAGAAAAUAAAAAUACUGUUUUAAACGACUUCGACACAACGACAACUCAAGAAGAACUUAGAGAUACUAAUAUCGACGAUAAAAACGCUUAUAAAUCCAAUCCAAAUGUCCAACAAGAAACGACCUUAUCCAAAAGUACAAAACCUUCCACGACCUCAUCAAACCUGUUACCUACACAAAUUCCUCCAACUAUUCAGAGUAGACAAGAAGAGGACGUUCAUCCUCGACGACAAAGGCCUACAAUAAUCGCUCUUAAUAACCAAUUUGGUCAAAGAAGAAGAACGAACUUAGAUCGCCAAGUGACGCAAAAAUACAAAAUCGAAGAUCAACCUUCGAUUCAAGAAGAUUCGAACGGUCCUAAACGUGUGCGGGUAUAUCGAAAGAGGCAACGUAGACCCAACAGCACUUCUCUCAACACAGUGGCAAACAAUACGGUCUCCAACGGCGAGGUUAGAACCGAAGUGACUGAGAACAAAACUAGAAGAUCAAAAUUGGUUGUCAAGAAGCUGAAAAUCAAUCGAAAGGAACACGUGGAAGAAGAUAGUGUACCAUUGGAAAAGACAAAUACCUUUCAGGAUUCUCCUCUGGUCACGGAGUAUACUGAAAGACCGGUGGACGAGGGAACUGUUUCGAAGAGCACGGGAUCAUCUUCUAGCCGGACGCCAGGAACUAUUCUGGCAAACAGAAUAAGAAAACCAAACACGUCCUCCCAGUCAGGUUUCUUACCAACGAGCAAACAUCCAAGCACGACGAUACUACUAGGGGACAAUCGAAAGAGUCGACCUAGUGAUGAGACCACCUUGUCACCGACGACAACAAUAGUCGACGCGUUCGAUGAUGCAACCGUGAAGCCGGAACUGUCCAUUAAGGACGAAGAUGAAAGGGCAGAGAUAAGCGAUCAAAAUGGCCGAGCUCAAGAGCUCGCCGUCACUCUGGCAGAACCGCCUACGUCACAGUCUUCAUCCAGCACCGGUCGACUGCCGUUAAGGGAUACCUUAAGACGCAGGAUAAGCACGACGGUAGCGCCGCGAACAGAUUCGCCGAGAACUAGUUCGACGUCCUUGAGAUUCAGCACAGUCCCGAAGACACGACAAAAAGUGACAACGACGACGAUGACGACGACGACAAGGACGACGACAAGGACAAGGAAGGAUGGAACAUCACGAAGUUCGACGAAUAGGCCAAGGAGGCCACCUGUAAUAGAUUAUGAUUACUACGAAGACGAGGAUACACCGAUCGUUGAAAAAGCAAUGUACAAUGGGAAACUAUUUCUCACGAGUAAUGGUACUAUAAGAUGUCUCGAUCAAGGCAACUUUCCGCAUCCUUCUUCUUGCAAGAAAUUUAUUACCUGCGCAAAAAUGGUGAACGGUUUGAUAAUGGGAGCGGAAUACACGUGUCCUGACAAAUUAUCCUUCGAUCCGGUCGGUGGUAUUUGUAAUUGGUCCGCCGGACUUGGUUGCAAAGAAUAAAAGAGCGGUAAUUUUCAAACGACCGUACUCGCGGAACUAACGAUAAACGGAAGUCUUUCCGUCUACGUCAGAGCCCUCUCGCGGGAGGGCGGCAAUUUUCAAAUUAUAAAACGAUGUUUUUCUUUUUUUUUUUUUUUGAGUCUCAAAAUCGUCUA